GUGGCGGUGGCGGGGCCCGGGCGGUCCCCGCGCCGCCAUGGACCCGUUCCUGGUGCUGCUGCACUCGGUGUCGGCGGGGCUGACGAGCGCCGAGCUGACGGAGCUCAAGUUCCUGUGCCUCGGGCGCGUGGGCAAGCGGAAGCUGGAGCGCGUGCAGAGCGGCCUGGACCUCUUCACGGUGCUGCUGGAGCGGGGCGACCUGGAGCCCGCGCGCCCGGGCCUGCUGCGGGAGCUGCUCGCCUCGCUGCGCCGCCACGACCUGCUGCGGCGCCUGGACGACUUCGAGGCGGGGGCGGCGGCGGCGGCGCCGGGGGCCGCAGACCUGCGUGCGGCCUUUGACAUUGUCUGUGACCACGUGGGGAGAGACUGGAGAAGACUGGCCCGGCAGUUGAAGGUUUCGGACACCAGGAUCGAUGACAUCGAGGAAAGGCACCCCCGCAGCCUGACGGAGCGCGUGAGGGAGUCGCUGAGGAUCUGGAAGGACGCCGAGAGGGAGAAUGCCACCGUGGCCCUCCUGGUGGAGGCGCUGAGGGCCUGCCAGAUGAACCUGGUGGCUGACCUGGUGGAGGAAGAGCAGCAGGCCCAGGCGUCCAGAAACAAGAGUGGGGCUGCGUCCCCGAUGUCAUGGGACUGAGACGUGCCCACCUUGGAAGUUCCUUGAUGGGCCUGCCACUCCUCGUGUGGACUUGGUUCCACCAAAGACAGCCACCUUCCUUGGCAGCUCAGCACCUCACAGACUUAGCUGGACUACGGCACAUCGGACUCUUGAACUCACGUCAGUCUGCUGCUGUCCCCCCAGCUGGCCUUGGGGUGUUCUCUUCCCUCAGGCCAUGGGCAGAUCUGACUGCAGGUUUGGGUGGCCUCCUGGUCUGGGAGUGAGGACAUCCACACAGCUCAUGAUCUCUGAGCAAGUGGUACCCCUGAGGUUUGCCAAGCAGGGACAGGAGUGGCUGUGUGAGGAUUGGGGGCCUCGUCUCCCUGAUCAGUUCCAUCGUUGGCUCCGUCAAGGGCUCUGAUCCCUGGGGUUGUAUCAGAAUCCCAAGUGCUGCCUCCCUGGAGCCCUCUGCCACAGGGUUCCUGUUUCCAACAAGGACUCAGUCCCACAUCCUCUGAGGUGCCAGUGCCACUCCACUCGUGCCUUAUCCCCGGAAGCCCGCUGGGAGCUCGCCCCUGGUGUGGAUAAGGAGAGGAGCUUCCUAAGAGCUCACUCCCCCCAGCAGUGGGCACUGACCCUGUCAUACAGGGUACCUUGCUACCUGGGACAAGCCAGACAAACGUCCUGAGUGCCAGCAGUGACCUAGGGUUUUUCAAACUGUAGACAAAGCCCUACAGAGCACUGUUCCACUGAGGUAGGACACGAGCCUUAAAGGCCCUCCAGACCCCGGACCUGCCCUGUGACCUCACCCUGCCAGGACAAGGCUUUAUGGUGAGUCCCAGGACAGGGAGGAGAUGGGCAGCCCCUGGCAGCCAAGCCAAAGAGCAGAGGGAUGGGCAGACUUGUAUACACCUCCCCUUCAAGAUGGCGCUCAGGCACCACCGCCAUUCUGGCACUGUGCAAAAGGGAAAGGUGAAUAGAAGAAGCGCCGAGACCCAGGUGUGUUGGCGAAUGCCUGUAAUCCCAGCAUUGCAGAGACAGAAACGGGCAGAUUGCCGACCCUGGCUACAUAGCAGGAUCAUGGGUCAAA